CAGAAACGUAUGGAAUAUAUGUCAUUAGAGGUCGACAACUCUAUUUAAAUUGAGUACAUGUCGUAAAAUACAAUAUAUUUCUGGGUCCAAUGGCGAUCAGAUGUUAGCCCUGAGCUGCGAAAGCUGGAAUAAAAAAUGGAGUUUUACCGACAAUUAACCAUGCCCGUAUCAACCAGAAGCCGCACUCGAGGUCCUCGCCCGGCUCCUCACUACGUCUACGAUGACGAUUCCCUGGACUCGUCUGUUGAGAGAAAACCCGUGAGGAAGCCAGAGAGGAAGCCCGCAGUGAAGGAGGAGGUGGAGAGCAGCGAUGACGAGAGUUGGGCUGAGCAGAAAACAGCAGUCGAAAAUAGGAGUGAGAGAAUGAGGCUCAGACCAUGGCUUGAACAUCAGAUCAACCAAGGGCAAUGCUCUGGGCUGCAGUGGCUUGAUCGGAGUAAUAAGAUUGUGAAGAUUCCAUGGAAGCAUGCCUCACGACAUGGCUGGAGAUUGGGAGAUGCUUGUUUGUUUCAGCGCUGGGCUGUCCACUCUGGCAAAUAUCGUGAGAACAUGAGGCCAAACCCAAAGCGGUGGAAGGCAAACUUCAGAUGUGCCCUAAACAGUCUUGCUGAUAUUAAGGAGGUGAAACAAUUUUCCCAAAAACGUGGGAGCAAUGCAUUUAAAGUUUAUCAACUCUUACCUUUUGGAAGGAAGGGACAGACUGCAUGUAACAAUAAAAUAAAAAAAAGCAACAGUGAGAAAACAGCGCUACGCACAUGUGACGUAAACAUGCUCCCAGUUACCAUUAUGGACCUAGAGAAAAAUAUGAAGGAUGAAGAGAUUGACGAAGAUACUGAGGAUAUGAAGAAAAAGCCGAAACGACGACAGUCCAGACAGAACAGUCGCCGCACCAUUAAGAAAGAGGUGCAUAAUAUUGAUGAUCAACAGGUUCCUGACGUUCAGGAUGAUUACGGACAACACCAGUUGCAUGACCACGAUAGUUACACAGCAUCGAAGAUGCAAGGGGGACCACUUCCAUCCCUGAAGCUGAAGCUGGAGUCACAUGAAGCCCUAGAGUCCUGUAACGGGGGCUACAAAUUUAAUGGAAGUCCGACUAGUGACUUCAGAAUGGACUUUUGCCGCCAGCUAAAAGAAACUUCCCCAGAAAAUACGGUAGAUGUUUAUGACGAGGACGAAGAUGGCAGUGAUGUUCUGACUGAUGAACAAGUUAUCAACGAAGUCAUUGAGAUGGAAUCCAGUUGCAGCAACACCAGUGACAGUGAACCUUUUGGUUUUGAUGGUUAUCCCUCCUCACCAUCCUCUGUUUGCGAUUGGAUGACUAGUGUCCUUCCUCAACCAACAUCUCCAUAUGCAGCAUGUUCCAGACUCCCUUAUUCUGUACACUACCACCAUCACCGCCAUGUUUAUUCUCCUCACUCAACUAACUACUUUGUCAACCGCUACUACCAUCAAACUCAGAAGUCGGGCCAAUGGAAUGAAGACCUCACCAAGGCCAAUCCCUUCUUGAAUGGUUUUCAGGAUGACUGCGUAAUGCCAUGCGUAACUCAAGUCAUCCCAAGUGUCAUCUCUGAGAACGGGGAAAAGCUCGAGUGGCAUGCGGCUGGGUUGAACUACCAAGACCUGUGAAGCUAACUUGUCGAGUCCAUACAUCUCGUUGGAAAAGAUUCAGGACAAAGGCGAAUAUUUCUCAACAGUGAAAAUGUUGUUGUUCAAGAGAUACACUGCGUUCUGGGCCAGAGGAGUUGGGAUCUUGACAGAUAAAAAGGAAUACUGAUCAACGGUGACUACUGAUCAACGGUUUUCAGGUGAAGACAGAGGUAUUUCACUGUACUUCUACCUCAGAACGUGGUGAUUCGAGAAAAGGCGAAUGAAGGAGUUGUUCCAGAAUGAUAUUCUGAGCUUCAGGGCCUUUCAAUUUGCCGGAGGGGAGGAGUGGGCAGCUGGCCCUGGUAUUCGAGGAUGUCGUAGUCUUCUCAUGACACUGAUAAAGAAUUUAGGGCAAUUUGGAGGAAUUAGGACGUAGAUCAAUCACAGAUAUGAUAUACAUGAAUAAGCAUGUUUAUGUCCCGAACAAAUGUCACUUAUCAUCAUAUCCAUCUUUUUUCUCUUGCCUUGACAACACUGAGUCUAUUUCGUAGAAAUUGGUACUUGAGUAGAUAACAUUUUUGACAUGAUAUAUGAUUGGCAGAAUUUGGCAGCUCUUGGACCGCCUUCCAUCGAAAAUCGAUAUCUGUGGCAAGACGCCCAAGUGUUUUCGGUCAAAAUGAAGGCCUCUCUAGUAAUGUGGGGCAUUAGGUUGAUGAUUAUUAAAGAACAUCAGGUGACAAGUCAAAAAGUUUAUGAAAUUCAUGAGUAACCAUAUAUUUUAGCAGCGCUGAUGAUAGGCCAAUAUGAACUAGAUAUAUCGUAAUUUUAUGUAGUGGUUCAGUAUGGUAAAUAGUAGAAGCUUCCGGUUUCUACAAUAAAUAGCAGUAUAUAAUUUUAGAUCAAUUCUAAGAAAUAUAAAGUUACCCAUGUUUGUUUACACAUCACUCUCCUGAUAACCAACAAUAAUCAUAAUUAUGAUAAUUAUGAUGUCGAGAGCCAAUGCAAUCAAUAGAACAUAAUUGGUAUUUUUGGAAGAGAAAACGUUCCUAAAUUCCGUCCCCAGCCCUUUAAUGUUAGGGUGUAGCCCCGAAAUUGCAGAAGGGGUAUCAUGUACCAUCUCGUGUAAUGUUGUCAAUUCACCUUGAAGAUUUGUCAGUAAACCGUCCCUGCUCAUGAUGCUUCUGCAUAUAUCUCUUUCUUAGAAACUUCUUUUGUAGAGAUGUAUAGUCAUCUUAUAGUUUAUUCGUGAAUAUUUUUUUAUGGUACAUGUAGUAGAACUACAUUGUACUAUAAAAAAGUAGAUUAUUGUUAUCAUAUUCGGUAAUAUAUUUGGUGUUGAUGUCGACCUUGUGACAGGUAUUCCUGGUUUUCGCCUAAUUCGCCCAUUACCUAAUGUCGAACAGACACGGACUUUCUGGCGAUUUAUUCCUUGAUUUCUUGAUUUGUGUUGCAGGCGCGGCACUCGAAAUUUCCCGGUGAGAGUGAUUUGCUAUGUUUUAUAUUAAAAUUUGAUAAGAGGAUUAGAUGGAAAGUAUGAAAACCAUCAGUCGGGUAACAUGGGACAUUUUGCAUCUCUUCUGUUAUGUAUAGUCAUGUGCAUGCAUAUAAUGUUUCUUCAUUGCAUUCUCAUUCAAACUUCUGGUUAUUUUUUCGUGCCAUAGAUACUAUACAUUAUAAAUGUAUCGUCAUUGUUAUUGGCUGUAUAUAUCGGUGUGCAACUGCAUGUUGUAACAUGCAAUAUUUUUUUUCGGAGAAAAUAAAGGCAUUAAAUGCCCAUAAGAUAAUAGAA